GGGGACAGCAAGGAUGCGGCUGACGACCUGCUCUCUCCUGCUGCUGCUGCUGCUGCUGCUAACAUUUGCAACGGUCACCUCUGUUCCCCAAAAUCCAGGGGACAGGAGAAGCCACGGGGAAAGAAGGCUGGCAGCGAGGAGGCGGCUGGGUGAACUAACCCACAAAUGCAGGUGCCCAGGCUCGUCCCAGGAGUUGCAGAGGGAAAGCCGGGCGAGGAGACUCCAGAGUCCACGUGGAGAGUGCCCAUGUGAUGACCUGAAGGUCAACCUGAAGAAGAGACCCAUGUGGCACCAUAAGGGGAAGGAAGGAAGAGUCCAUUACCGUCGCAAGGAGGCCUGCCGCCUAUUCUGGAAGCAGUGUGAACUGGAGGGCCUCUCCCUGCCCAUAUAAAAGAUUGGAUCGACUCCCUCAAGGAACAGCAGGGACCCUGUGUCCUCUCUGUCCCCCCACCCCCCGGGUUUAACAGAUUUUUCAUUCUGGUUUAUAUCAGGCCUUGCUUCCCAGAACAGGAGCAAAGGGAGAUCUCUCCCUGUUCCUCCCAAACUCCCCUGGUGUCUCACUAUUUCCCUCUCCCAGCCCCUCCCUGAACUAGAAUUAGGGAGGACAAUGAAUUAAUUCAUGCGGGCCACCUCUUCUCUCCUCCCCCCUCUGAAAUUUCUAUCUGUUCAGGAAGUAUUUUCUCCAGGGGUAUUUCCUUUCUGAGGAUUAGCAAAUAAUAAUAAACCAGGCUUUCUACCCUCAGGGAGACAACUGAGGCAAAAACUUGCCCUGUAGCCUGCCAUCACACACCUCACGCUGUGUACACACAAUAAAUAUU